CAAGAAGACCUAGUAGAAACGAAAUGUCACGCGCGUUCCUUAUCGAUUGAUACAAAAUAGCCUUCAUUUUCAAGGUAAGGGAUACAAGAUGUUGCAACUUCAAUUGUCCCUUAUCAGAGGCCUCCGUCAUAAGGUCGUCGCCACAUCCAUAUUCCACCUACUCAACAGUCUGAGAAAGUCUACAUCAAGAGUAGUGGCAUUCAUGUCGUUCCUUCGCGUCCUCUCCCGUCCUCGCUCUCAUUUCUUCCCUUUCCCCUCCGUCCGUCCGUCCGUCCGUCCGACCGUCCGACCGACCACCUCUUUUUCUCCGGAGCAGCUCCCGUUCAGCAGAGUUGGAGGCCUCCUUGCGUUGAGUGGGCGUGCACAUGACUAGUGGCUCUGAUACGAGGUCGAACGGCGUGCAAAAGAGGCUCCCAGUCACAGGCAAAGACCCAGUAAGGCCGUCCGUCACGUCGGUUGUACAGAUACCUUCAUAAGCACAUCUGGAUGCAGCUGCAAACAUUUCCAGAGGCUGAGGGAAAAAAACCUCGAAAAGCCAUUUCACAGCACAUAAUCGAAAAUAUGUUGUUCCAAUAAAGAGUGGCCCAUUGCGUAUCAAAAUGUUCAAGAAUGUCUUCAAUGUGCAGUUCUGUGAUUUUGAUGGGUUUUGUGACUUGUGUCAGAUCUUAGAAAAAAUCUAAGAUAGUGGCGGUCAAGUACCAGGGGCUAGAAACCAUUGAACGACUAGCUUUGUUGGAUCUUGAAAUGAUUCCAAUCCUUCGACGGUGAUCAACAACAUGUUCUGUCGAGGCCUGAAAUGGGGAAUAUGGACAAUCGUGAUUCAUGUGUUAUUGAUUCCCCCGGGUCAGGGCCUUCGAGUGACGGGGUCAUUCGAUUCGAACGAUUUCUUCCUCUUCCUGGCCAAGUUUGGCUUCCAAAAGACCGAACUUAGUGACAAGAAUGGUACUCAAGGUUUCUUGUUUGGAAAUGUGACAAUAAAAGGCUCCUCAGAGCCGUCAAAUGUGCAUAUGACUCUUGCGGUGUUAGAUCGAGGAUAUUUCCUAGAGUAUUAUGGUAAUCGUAGUCUCUUCAGCAAAGACAAAGCUUGCUCCAAAAUGUUCGACAAGAUCUCGACCAUUGCCUACGAUGCAGACUGCCAAGACGAAGGUACACAAGACUUUUUGCGACGUAUACCCUGUCCAAAGGAAGGAAUUUGUCCAGACGAAGAUAAUCCUGGUAAUCUAGUCGAAGCUUCCCAAUUGACUUAUCAUAUUCAGGACUCCGUGCAAUCCAGAUUUUGGUAUGUUAGUUUGGUGGCUUGUUAUAGAGAUAAAUCCACGUGUUCAUGGAAGCCUGUGUCACAGCGCAUUGAAGUCGAUUAUGAUUUAUGGCUUGUCAAUGGAAACUCAGACGGUAGUCGCCAUCAAAACGUAUUUCGAUACCAAUAUUCCUAUGAUGAACAAGAUGUGUAUAGCUUCUACUUGGUUCUUCUGCUCAUCUAUACCAUUCUGGUUCCACUCCAAACCUAUGCCAACACCCGACAACGGCAUCCAAUCACCCGGUUACUUAGCUUUGGUCUCACCACAGAGUUCGUGGCAUUGUUGGCCACAAAUGUUCAUCACAGCAUUUUCUCAUCGAAUGGUCGCGGAAUCCCAUGGUUAGCAACCAUUGGAGAGAUCGGACAAAUAUUCUCUCAGUCUUUGUUUAUGAUGUUGCUCCUUCUUUUGGCCAUGGGCUGGGCCGUCACGAGACAAGAGCUUAAGUGCAAGAUGCUGAUCUUCACCAUUUGGCUCACUUACUCCAUUGUGCAUUGCCUCCUUUUCAUAUGGAAAAAGGUUGAAGUUGAUGUGGUUGAGGAUAUUGAACAGUAUCAAACAGCUCCUGGGAUUAUCAUUCUUAUCCUGAGAAUCGUGGUGAUGGUUACUUUUCUUGUUUCGCUCAGGGACACCAUGCUCCACGAGCACAACGUGGAACGACUGAAUUUCUUCCUACAUUUUGGAGCAGCAACUCUGGUCUGGUUCAUCUAUUUGCCCCUUAUGGCCAUUGUUGCCAUGCAAAUUUCUGCCUUAUGGAGAACCAAGUUCAUCUUGGGCAUUACCUAUUCUGCAGAUACAUUUGCUUACAUCGUGCUCAUUCAUCUAUUAUGGCCCAGCAGGAAGGAGCAGUAUUUCCUACUGGCAGCGCAGGACGACUCUGUUGAUGAGUUAGAAGAAUUCAAUGAAGCUCCCAAUAUUUUGCAUGACAAGCUUGGAACAAAGCAAAAGGCCGAGUUGAGAGGGUCCCACAGGUUCUCGGUGCCUUUCCAUGAUAACACUCCUGUGAUAACAAGACAAUCUCAUGAUGAUGAUUCCCCACAAUCAUCCAUGUCACCUUUUGGUGAACUCGUGAGUUUGGAUUAAUGACCUGAAGAGGACAUGAAACUCUCCUUAAUUGUAACAAGUAUUGUAUAUGAACAUAUUUUUCCAACUUGAAACAGACAUUGUGAAACAAACAAAAUAUAUUCUAUUACAAUUCCAA